CUUCACAGCAAGGAAUCUGGUUGACAGCUUUAAAAAUACAAAUCCAUACAAUUCUAUUUCAGCUUAUACCCUAAAUACACGCACACACAUUAACUACAUACACACAUAUACAUUUAAUAUAUACACACAUAUACAUUUAAUAUAUACACACAUAUACAUUUAUUACCUACGCUUAUACAAUAUAUACAUAUACCUUAAAAACAUACAUAGAUUGUAUACCUACACAUAAGCCUAAAAUUUAUACAAGAAGUAUUUCAACAUCUAUUACAUACAUUCUACAGUCACAUAAACUGCUUAAUACAGCAAUUUCUCGAGUUUCCACCAUUUCUUGUAACAUGGAAGUCUCCCAGAGCAUUAACAUGUGAUAAAUUCUUCAGCGGUGAUGAUGGUGGGAAUAUUGUUUCCCCUUUGUGCUUCCAUACCAUCCAAUGCUCACUGUCUGUACACAAGAAAUUAAGGCCUUAAGGAAUAACCAGUGAAAUCUUCAUAAUGGUCAGUAACCAAGGGCAAACCCCACCACCACAGAUAAAGUCUACAGAUGAUGAGGGAGACAAAAUCACUGUUGUACUGAGGGUACGACCUCUGACACCAUCAGAAAUCAGUCGCAAAGACAGUAACAUCAUCACAUUUCAAGACAGAGGCUCUCUUUUGAUUAACCAGGGUCACAACCAGAAGAAAUUUUCAUUUGAUGCUGUCUUUAAACCAGAAGCUGAUCAGGAAGUAGUUUUUGAAGAGUCAGGAAUAAAAAAACUCAUUCAAAUGGCAGUAGAAGGGUAUUCCUGUUUGGUGCUAGCGUAUGGACAAACUGGAUCAGGUAAAACACACACAAUGGUGGGAUCAUCAACACAGGCUUUUCUAAAAACUGACGUAUUUGGUGUUGUUCAAAGAGCAAUUCGUUAUUUAUUCUCAGUUUUUGAGCAGCAAGUUAAUAUCGAAUACACAGUGAAGGCUUCCCAUGCAGAAAUUUACAAUGAACAGAUUAUUGACCUGUUGAAUCCCCAACCAUGGCGCCAUUUAGCUCUCCGCUGGUCUAAGAAGAAGAAUUUCUAUGUAGAGAAUCUCUUCCAAGUGGAAUGUGAAUCAGUGAACAAAUUGUUGUCAGUCUUGGAGGAAGGGUCGAGGAACCGUCAUGUUGGGAGCCAUCGUGCCAAUGAGCUUUCAAGUCGUAGCCAUGCCAUUUUCACAAUCAGCAUUGCAUCAAAGAUACGAGACCCUACUGAUUCUAGUCUGUGGUUGACGCGGAAGGGAAAGUUAAUCUUCACAGACCUUGCAGGAAGUGAGAAAGUAAGAAAUUCCUGCCUGUCUGAAGACAUAUUAACAGAAUCAAACAGUAUUAAUAAAAGUCUGUUAGUCUUAGGAAAGUGUAUUUCCAGUCUGGGUGACCCAAAGAAGAAAUAUGGACAUAUACCCUAUCGAGAUAGCAAACUCACCAAGCUACUUUCAGAGAGUUUGAGUGGAGCAGGAGUGGUUUUGCUGAUAGCAUGUAUCACUCCCUCGUCCUACAGUGUCACUGAAACCAUCAACACUCUCCGUUACAGUACCAGAGCCAAAUGUAUUCUAACAAAGCCAGUCGUUGCAUUCGACCCACGAGAAAAAUAUAUUGGGACUCUGAAAAAGGAGCUUCAGAUUCUGAGAAAUGAGAAUCAAUACUUGAAAACCCAGCUCUCGUUUCCAACAGUCUCCCAGAACCAGGUUCAAUCCAAAGAUAAACAAACGAUUACUGAACAACUGAAACAAGAUUCUCAAAUGACCCCAAAAUUGGUUGAGAGUUCCCUUUAUGAGAUGCUGCAGGAAUAUAUGGUAGAAAAUGAGUCAUUAAGAUCUGAGAACAGACAACUCUACCAAGAAAAUGGUGGCCUCCUCCAAGAACAGAAGCAGUUGUAUAAAGAGAAUGAGACUUUUCUUUAUCAACUGGAGCAACUGGAGAGAAUGUCUGGAAUGGCCAUGUAUGCAAACCAGAAAGACAGGUGGCCAUCAUAUCAAACACCACCUCAACUCACAAAUUCUAAUGAAAGAUUUGGAGCUGGGUACAAAACCAAAGCAACAACCACUUACGGACAGGGAAAUGGUUUCUAUCUCCUGGAUCCAAUCUACCCCAUGAGCAACUCCUUUGAUUACCCAAAUCAUUUUCCAGACAGGAAUCUCAUAAAGCAUUCAGACUUCACCAUUAUGAAACCAACUCCUCUCUCAAGAUCUUCAGACAAUUCCUUCAGGCUAUUACAAAACUCCAACAGGUUUCAAAGACAAUUGCCACAGAAGGAUUUUUUAAAAAGAGAAUCCUAUCCAAGAAGUGUUCUGCCAAACAACAAACAAUGGGAUUCAGUCGAUUCUGUUGAAGUUUUCAACCAAAGACUGCGAGAAGAACUAGCAGCAAUUAAUGGGGAGAUCAAAUAUGAACAGAUAAGUCAAGCAACUUCAAAAUCUCUUUUCUGACCUAUUUUCCUGUUCUCAAGAAGCUCGCCUCCACCAAAAUAAUCUUUAUCAUCUUAUGGGGAUUAAGGAGCCGAUGGAUGAAAACAUGUCCAAGCUUCAAUGAAUCAACAGAAACUGAAAAAAAUCAUAAACUGGAUAAAUGUUCCUAUUUUAAAUGUUUUCAUGAAGACACGGCUGGGUGGUUGUUUGCCAAUCACUUGGUUUCAGGUUCAGUCUUAAGGUGUGGCAUCUUGGGCAAGUGUCUUCUAUAGCUUGGGUGUGAAUUUAAAAAGGAUCAAAAGGUCUUUAAGGCCAGUUUCCCCAGAUUCUGAGGUGUGUUUUUCCCCACCUGGACAGGACACCAAAGUGUUUUGCUCAAGAACACAAUGCAUUGCCCUGAUCAGGAAUACAAGUUCAACACCUUAACCGCUCCCGUCUACUUGAGUGAAUUUGAUAGAUGGAAACUGAAAGAAGCCCAUCAUAUAUGUGUGAGUUACAUAGGCAGUGCUAUUCAUUUCCAAUAUUCUAUGAAAAUAUGCCUGGCUGUGGGGAAAUAUUAC